AAAUCAACCAAAGGUUCUGUAGUGCUGGACUACGUGUUCAAUCACGUGAACCUCGCUGAAACAGAGUAUUUUGGGCUCCGCUAUUGCGAUCACAGUCAUCAAACGUAUUGGCUCGACCCUUCAAAAACGCUUGCUGAACACAAAGAUUUGAUAACAACUGGACCUCCAUUCACACUCUACUUUGGGGUGAAAUUUUAUGCUGAAGAUCCUUGUAAACUGAAAGAGGAAAUUACAAGGUAUCAGUUCUUUCUGCAGGUAAAGCAAGAUGUUCUGCAGGGAAGACUUCCCUGUCUGUUUAAUAUCAGCAACCAACUGGGAGCUCUUGCUAUUCAAUCUGAGCUUGGAGAUUACGACCCAUACAAACACACACCAGGUUACGUGUCAGAAUAUCGCUUUGUCCCCGACCAGAAAGAGGAACUAGAGGACGCCAUUGAACAGAUUCAUAAAACUCUCAUGGGUCAGGUGCCUGCCGAGGCAGAAAACAAUUACUUGGGAAUUGCCAAAACACUGGAAAUGUAUGGAGUGGAUCUGCACCCUGUGUUUGGAGAAAAGCAAUCGGAGUACUUCCUGGGACUGACGCCUGUUGGGGUUGUGGUUUACAAAAACAAAACGCAAGUCGGGAAAUAUUUCUGGCCUAGAAUUACGAAAGUGUAUUUCAAGGAAACACAAUUUGAGCUGCGGGUUAUGGGCAGAGAUUGUAAUGAGACGUCGUUCUUCUUUGAAGCUCCCAGUAAGGGGGCCUGCAAGAACCUGUGGAAGUGCUGUGUGGAGCAUCAUACCUUCUUUAGAAUGCCAGAGAACGAGUCUAAUUCGCUAACAAGGAAACUGUCCAAAUUCAGCUCUCUGGGCUCGAAGCAUCGCUACAGUGGAAAAACUGCAACGCAAAUAGUAAGAGAGCCGUCUGUGACUCUCCCUCGACCCGACCUACAGGUGAUCCGAACCCGCAGCAAGACCUACCCGAAGAGAAGCGCUCCGCCUUCAGGACGGACCAACGGAGGCCAGACGGUCACAAAGAUGGAUAACAUGAGCGAGAGCCAGUCCAAAACCACUGCACUUACACCAGUCAAGAGUCCCAAAGCAAAGAUAGACAGCACUUCAGACCAGCAGAACAAGCCCAGUGCACCAUGGGAGGAAGACGCCCCACAGAGCGGACUGUACAACUCGGCCAGUGAGCGGAACAAAUCUCCCAAAUUCCCAAAAGCUCACAGACGUUCACCCUCAGGGGGCAGCGAGAACGAGACGUCUCACUCGGCCCGCCGCAGGAGAGGUCCAAUCACUGACGACCCACAGGCCAACAAGCAACACAGGAGGAGAUCACGUUCCCGUGGCAACACCAGCAGUGGCAGCGAAUCCGAGAAUUCCAACAGGGAACAUCGUAAAAAAAGAAACCGGUCCCGUCAGGAGAACGAGAUGGUGGAUUCUGGUCCGCAGUGGGAGGUUGUGCUGCGCAGACAGAAAGAAAAAACCCCAAACGAUCCCAACCAUCGUCGCUCACGGCACCGCUCACGAUCACGAAGUCCUGACGUUCAAGCUAAAGAGCAGCUCUGGAAACACAUCCAGAAGGACCUGAUCGACCCUUCCGGUCUCUCUGAGGAGCAACUGAAGGAAAUUCCAUACAAGAAAGUGGAGACACAAGGUGACCCAAUCAAGAUCCGCCAUUCACAUUCUCCCAGGAGCUUCCGGCAGUUUCGACGCUCCCACUGUUCGGAUGGCGAGAGGUCUGUGCUCUCCGAGGUCAACUCUCGGACUGAUCUGGUUCCUCCUCUCCCCGUGACCCGCACCGCAGACGUGCCCGGCUCCAGCUCGACCCCUGCGCAGAAGAAGAACGGCUCCAAAGACACUCUCUCAGAGAGCUCUGAAGCGGACACUAAAAGCUCCGCCAAGGUGGUGAAGACCGUACACACAUCUCGAGUCAAAGCCGAAACGUGAGCGCUUCUCACGGUCGACGCGUCAGGGAAAGUCUGCAUGAAACACUGAAGUGAUCCAGAUACACGGACACCCUCAAUGAAAAAUCCUAAAUCUGUUUAAUUCUACAGUAAAACAUGUUUCUUCACAUGGUCUAGAGUCUCCUGUGAAAUUAGAGCGCUAUUCCAUUACCAGUACCAGCUCGACUUGACUCAACUCUGCUAGCUUUUCGCUCCGUUUUCCAUUGCAGACAGUACCGCC